GCAGUAGCGCGAGCGGUCUCCAACGGUACGGUGGCCUUUGCAACUUUCACGACUAUGAAGCUGUUCUGGUGCUGUGUAGCGGCAGUAUUGCUAGCAAUAACCAGCGCUGCGGUCGACGUUGAAAAAACAGUACAACAAGUGCAGAGCAUACUCAAGGCGAAUGCUUUAUUACCCAGAUUAACAAGAGCUGAAAUAAUAGAUCUACUUAAUGAUAUAAGAGAAGAAGACGCUAAAAGUAAACCAAUAUCUGGACAAAAAACUAAUGAAAUUAAAACUACAACUACAAAACAGAAGCCUGUCGAGUUAACGACAAUAGCACAUUCAAAUGAAAAAGAUAAUGAAAUCAACACGUCAUCAAAACUAUCAGAAGCAGUUGAUGUCAGUUCUAACGGAAAAUAUGGUUUCAAACCAGUUGAAUCCACUACUAAAUCUAGUGGGGCAACUCUGACAGUUGUUUUGCCUUAUACUCCUCGCGACGGAUCAUCACUGCAAGAAUUGUAUACGAGACCUCCUCGUCUCCAACUCGUACCUGAGGAAGUCACACCUAAACCAGUUAAGCCAUCAAAAUCAGGUACAAAAGUUGAUCAAUCUGUGAAAAAUCAUGGAAAAGGUCCCAAUAAACAGAAAUUUGAUUUUCCAGCUGAAUUACAGGCAUUCUUAGAUGCACAUGGGCUAAAAGGUAAACCAGGACAAGACAACUUUUUACUACCCCUAGACGGAUUCAAGCCUUUGCCACCAGCUAAAAUAGUGGAUGGAAAUGUACAACUACCAGAAAACUUAUUGCUCACUUAUGAUCUUAUAUCACCAUCAGAUUUAACAAAAUCAUCAACUAAGGAUCAAGAAUUUGCUCAAACUAAUUUCUUAUAUGAGCCUUUACGUCCCGAAAUACAUUUUGAAUUGGACACUUCAUCAUCUGAAUCCAAACACACCGUACUACCACUCGAUUUGCCAAAACCGAGAAAAACCAAAGCCAUUCAAGAAUCACCAAAACCUAAUUAUGAACCUAUAGAUUACGAUUCUAUAAAAGUUAUACCACUACCGCAAGGUCCAAAUCCAGUGGAAGAUGAAGUUAAUUUGAAUGCUAAUCCGGAUCAAAAUAAGAGACAGACAAAUGAAACAAGUGUUCCUGAUAGUGAAAGCACCACAACUACUGAAUCUACGAAUACUGAAAGUGACGCAAAAACCUCAGGAGAUACUGAAAGUGACGCAAAAGUUUCCGGAGCAGUUGAGCCAGACGUCGUCGCUUCAAAUGCAGAUGCAGGCGCAUCUAUUGCCGAUCUCGAGGAUUCUUUCGGCGGAGCUGUACCUGCAGAACCUGGAGACUCGGAACUCCCCCCACCCCGGAAAAACGGCUUCUACUGGAUGGUAGAUUGGAACAGUUUUCUAGAAGUAGGGGAUGGUGAUACAAAAGUGAACAUUCGGUUUGAACCCAAACUUGGUGAUCCACAAAUGUUCCUACCUGUCACCGUACCGUGAUGUGUUCAAAGACAUUGAGUAGUGUUCUAGUCUAAUGGGGAUUUUAGUAAGGUUUCAUAGAUGAAAGGAAUAUUCAAGGUUAUACAACGUUUACUUGUUUGACAAACUACAACGAGAUAGUUCAAAAAUAUUAGCAUUCAAUUUUUAUGAAAGUGAUCAAAACAAAAGCUGAAUUAGUAAAAAUACUCUUUUAUUAUUAGGCUUUACCCAAAAUGGAGUAAGUAGCACGAGUAGAUCGUAAAAAAAUGUCUAUUACUAAAUACAUACAAUAAAUUAACGUAUUAUUUUGAUACUGUAUAAAUUAUACGCCUAGUAAAGUCAUCUGCCAGUACGUAUUCUAAAGUAGUCUGAAGAUGAAACGGAUUUACAUUUUAAUUAUAACGUAGAUACUCUUACCAUCAAUUAAAAAGAUAGUGAUCAAGUAUAAAACCAUUGUUAUUUAAAAAAUACUUUCAUAUAUCAAGGUUGUCAACCUUGCAUGUAACGAUGGACACACAAGCGUUACAUUUUCAAGUGAAAUGCACAGGAAUGCAAUCAGUCAGGUCGUGACUACUAGACCAAAGCGGGCAUGAAAGCAAAAGGAGCGAAAUCGUCGCGUGUGACGUAUGCUUUACACUGACUGUGUUAUUGCCAAUAAGGCUAAGCGCAUAUUGUUUGUUAUCACCUGAGCGAACGUUUCUUGUCACGAGCUAAGCGGUCGUUUUUAGCAGCUAAGAUUUCCAACGAGUUGCUCAAAGGGUGGCUCGGGCAUCUGUAUGGAAUUAUAUUUUGAGAAUUUUAUACCUACUUUGUACUAAAUCUCAGGCUUUUCUGCUGUCUAUAAUUGGGUGAACACAAACAAACCCACCAUAAAUCUUUUGUAAUAUUUUAGGCUACUAGAUUAUAUAAGCAACUUUCAUUUAGGUUUUUGCAAUUAAUCCCGUGAGGACUCUUUGAUUUUAUGGAAUAGAAUAGAAUAGCUUAUAUCUGUCUCCAGGAUGCAAUGUAUCUCUGCAGCAAAUAUUGUCAAAAUCAAGCAGACAGGCAGACAGACGAAAAAACACCUUAAUAUUUAUAAUAUUGGUAUGGAUAUUGAACACCUGCCAUAAAUUUUAAUAAUCUAGAGCUUUUUUUAGACGCCAUAGCUGCUAGAGCGGUUAGAUGCUCAGGCGAUAGAAGCAAUGUACAUGCAGUGUUA